UUGUACAAGGGAAGUAAAUCUUAAUUUUCUUAAACCAUCGAAGGGGAGAUUAUUACAGUAGUAGAUGGAAACAAUUUAUCAACAGACUUUUUAUUAAAUGUUCGAUCUAUGCAGGACGAUUGCUUUCAUAUUUUACCUUGACUAGUAGCUUAGUAGAACCAUGUCUCCGGUUCCUAAAGAAGACCGUGAGAAACCCGUUGAUGACCACCCUGAUAGCAACAAUGUAGAAAAUGACGAGAACCUUCCAGAUUUUGUUAUUUCGCUAACCAGCUCUGAAAGUGAUCCUGAGAGUGAAUUGGAUGGAGAAUAUGCUGGUUAUGAGCUGUUACCACAGGAUCCUGAGAUCCUGGAGGCACAGCAUCCGCGAGACAUUUCUGAAGACAUGGAAGAAUUGCCUCAAACAAUAAAUUCUAAUGACCCUGUCUCCAGUCUCAGUGCAGGAAUAGAUGAAACUGGUGCACUACCAUUAUCAAUCCCUGAUCCACCAAAAGAAGAUGCAGCAUCCCUUCUUUGGAACCAAAUACCAUUAACGGCCGCUGACAAUUUGGAUGAGAAUCAAGAAGAAAAGGUCAGAGAUGCCAUGAAAGGUUUUCAAUUACCAGUAGGUAACAUUCCUGAGUGGGCCCUUAACAUUCCUGAAGAUAAAUGGAAAGAGCAUUUGUUGUCAAAACUUCACCAGCUGGAAAACAAAGAUACAGACCAUAAGAGCAACAGCAAAAAUGAUUCUCAUCCAAGUUCUUCAUUAAACUGAAUUUUACCUUUUUUUUUUUUUUUAUGAAACUCAUCCACAAACAUACAUUUAUAAAACAAUAUUUAUACAUACAUAUUCAUGCCACAGUAUUUAUACACCCAGUUAUCAGCAAGUGUUCAUACAUACACAAAAAAUCAAUAUAAAAGGAUUUAUAUCUGUAGCAAUAUUGAAUCACGUGAGAUUAAUAUUAAUUUUUUUUUGUUUUUUUUUUAUCAAAGUCAGUUAGAUAAACAUACAAUCAGAC